AGCUUGUCAUGCUCUUCGGGGGUUUCACAGUAUACUGCAGCCUCAAUGAGGGCAGUCGUGGGAUACACCGGCGUGGACAUCCUAACCAACGGGAUAAAGGGAAAGCUCCUCCCAAUCACGUAAAUCCCACGGCCAGCAAUCAUCAUGUCUUCCGGAAUAACACCCAUCACACCGUCUUUCCGCUCCUCGAUCAUUGAGGAGAAAAGGACGGACGGCUAUUGGGUAGAAACAUUCUACCUCCACAAAGCAGACAAAGUCCCAGGCAUCAUUGCUUACGGUCUCGGAGAUGGCAUCGCAAAGACUAGCAAGAUCGAGUUCCUUGAAAAUCCAAUCAUGGAACAGAAAGAGGGAGUUUUUCUCGAUAAACUACACGAUCGCGGAGUUCGAAUCGCCUGUAGCAGUGGUGGCAGCAGACGUCGACCAAGACGGUUUCACGGACCUGCUCAUCUGUCAUGAUUAUGGUCCUCACAUGCUACGGUGCUUGGUAGACGGCGGUCACAUAAGCUGGCUGAGGAAUCCUGGAAGAGACAAGCUAGGCGGUGGUGUUUGGGAGCAACGAUAUGUCGGAAGGUGGCCGGCUAUGCAUCGACUGAAGGCUGGGUAUUUCACACAAAAGUCGUUCCUAGAAGUGAUGGCUAUGUCCGUUGUCCAUGGCCCGCAAGACUUGACUUCCGCGAUUCCGGUGAUCUUGUUUCAGGCUCCCGAGAAAGUGCUGGAAGCAUUGGAGUGGCCUCGCAAGAUCGUCGAUGACAGUAGCUUCACCGUGAUUCACGAUGCGGCUCAGAAAAAAUUCCAUGGGCUCAACGGCCUCGAUUCCCUCGUGAUCGCUUCGAGGGAAGGUUUGAACUGGCUCUAUUACGCGGACCAAAAAUGGAACAUUGAGCACAUCACCGAAGGCGAGCCUAAGGCGGAGGGACAGUCCGCAAGCAACCUUGAUCCACCGGACUACUGGGGCAGUGGUUGUGUCGAUGUGGGAAGGGUUGGCGAUGAUCCAUUCGCGUACGUCGCGUCCAUCGAUCCUUUCCAUGGAAACAUGGUCUGUGUAUAUACCAAGGCAAAUCCUACUAUGGAUGGAACAAAAGGAUGGACAAGACACGUUUUAGACGUGUUCGGAUCGCCGGCUCAACUCCAGAAGCAUGGAGAGGGCCCUGGACACUACGUCGUUACGGGCGACUUCGACGGUGAUGGGGAUGACGAGUUCCUUGUGGCGAUGUUCGGUACUCCGGACAAAACAUCUGGGCCCUCGCCGAAUAAGGGAGUCUUCUACUACAAAGCGAUUGAUCUCGACAAGGGCUUGUUCGCCAAGUACAAGGUUGCCGAAGAAUCCACCGCCCGCAUUGCUAUCGGUAACUUCGGUGGUAGAGGCUUGCUCGACUUCGUGGGCAUCAAAUAUCGUGUGCCGAACUAUUACGAGGAGGAAAAUCCAACUGUGAGUGUGUACUACAACGACUUCGCUAAUGCCCAUAUUGCACACGAUGCCUCCGUCGUUCCCACACUCUGGGACGACGAGGGUUUGGUGUACCUACCCAACCCCGACACAGCACCACAAACCUGCUCCCUGGACCUGAUCGAGGUCGCAAACUAUGCUCUAUCCGUCGUCGUCCUCCCGCCAAAGACAACAUUCGCAGGCUUGCCGGGCAUCGGCUACAAAGUCCUGUUUGGAGCUGUGAUGGACGGAGAAAAAGAACGCCGUGCAAUGGAUGUUCCACCCUUCACCGAGCAAUCCGUCGUGAUGGACAACGACGAAUUACGAACUCUGGACGAUAUAGGCUCCGUUCUCCUGUUGUUCAGUCCUCUGAAGUGCGACUCAUCGUCGACGCCUGGGAAAUGGCCUACGGCAGAGGAUGUACCCGUGAAGGUCACCUUCAAGCCGACGCGAGGACUUCCGGUCCCUCCGCUCCAUUUCAAGAAGGUAGACAAAUGCUGGUGGGGAGCCGGGUUUCCAGACAUUAACUUCCACAACAUGACUGGAUUCACAUUCCGGUUCCACGAUCAAACAUUCCUGGCGCAUCUGCAAUUCUGGACAGCCGGCAACAACGUCAACUGCGGCGUGCACAACCACACGGACGCCUCCUUCGCCGAAAUCCACAUCGGGCUCUCAGCCGGCACCGGCACCGGCGGCAUGUGGCGUCUCAAGACGGAGUACGAGGACACGCCUGCAGACGAACUCCCAAAACUCGGGCCCGAGGCGUUCGACAAGCUGGUAUUGCCGCCGCUCGCCGAGCACGGCGGUGUCUGGCGCAGAGAUUCGUACGGAAAGCCAAUCCUGCGCGGAAACGGCACCGUGGACUACCCCUUCCAUAAGUGGCAGGCCGGAGAAGACGACUGUGUCGAUAUUUGGGCCGCCGUCGAGUUCAACCCAAAGGGGAAAUAUAAGUGGGCGUUUUGAUGUGAGUCUGUGCUCUGCUUUGACAUGUUUGUCGCUGACUGGGCUGGAGCAGUGUGUGGAUUCUGGAGGAGGGGAUUUGCUACAGAAAUUGCAGUGAAUCGGGGGCUCCAGAUUGAGGAAUAUACCUGGGAGGGAUCAUUUUUACCUUGAUAUUUUACCGCUUUUGCUAUCUACUGUGAAUAUUUCCGCCUCCUCGUGUUUGGA